ACAAACGCAGUGGAAUGGAAGACAUGAUGGGGGGUGCUUGUUCGAUGCAGAGGAACGAGCGAAGGAAUUCCGGGACAAGGAAAAACAGAAACCGAUGUGUAGGUUUUGAUGUGAUGAUUUGUGAUGAGAUGUGAUGCGAUGAUAACCGCAAUAGAGUGGAGUUCCUUGCUGAUCAUUGUCAAUGACGAUGUUACGGCGACUGCCACUGACUGUAUUUUCUGACAUGCCCUGAUUCUUUUUCAUUUGUUCUUAAUGGAAUAAUUCUUGACGUCUUUGGUUCCAUGUGGAACGGAAUCUCGUUUGCGUCACACAUCGCGGAUUUCACAAACCAAAGCUUGGAAAUGGCGGUUCCACUUCUCCUUCCAAAUCUCCAAACCACAUGUGCUCUCGCCAUGCAGUGGUUUCUGCGGUGCGUUCUACAGUUCAAUACUGUGACAUGACACUGCUUUGAUGUGUUCUCGAACGUCGUCGGGUUUUACUGGUGAACCUUUGAGAGCAGAAAUGUGUUUUCUUUGUAUCUUUGGGAUUAUUGUUCGCUAAGUAUUGUCUUCUGUGCUACUUUGUCGGCCUCCUUGCUCCGUACACGAUAUAGGUCCCAGACGAUUUCAUUUCAAACCUGUACCCCGUCGAAGACAACUACGUCCAGAACUACGAUGGCUCGCGAUCUCCCAAGAGCCUUUCCGAGCUGUGCACCGACACCCUCUGCCGGUCCCUCCCCUACCUGGACGGAGCUCUCCCGCCGGGGCUGCCACAAGACGUCGUCGACGACGUUGUGUCUUCCCUUGUGAGGCACUCGGCCCUAAACGCGACCACUCUGAAGGUCCUUAGGCACUGCGAGCUGGGCUCACUCACCCUGAACGGCUGCCGCGGCGUCACGGACGAGUGGCUCGAGCCCCUGGCGCCGUCCUCCGCAUCUACUUCGUCGCUGUCGAAUGCGCAUUCGAAUUCGUAUUCGACUCCCGCUUCCUCGCCGCCCCUCGCCCCGGUGUUGGACAGGGGCGACGGCGACACAACAAUGGAAGCCAUGAACCUCGACGACGAAAGCGAGGUCUUUUACAACGCGAAACACGAGGCAUCAAGCCACGAGGACAGUGGUGAAGAAAUCGAUUCCUCCUGUUCCACGUCGAGCUUUGUUUCGGCCUCCUCAAAUCCCUAUUAUUUGUCGUCAUCCGCUGCUGCUUCCGGUGGUGGCUGGAAGGAAGAUGAACCCAUGGGAGAGGAAAACAAAG